AUGGCUUCCAUUCUCCGCGAGCUUUUUCGCCGCAAGAAGCAGCCCCCUCUGGUCUGUUCCAUUUCCCUCGAUGACCAGGGCCACCCAGUGGGUGAAGACCCAAACCACAAGCACACAGCCGCUUGUUUCAUCGACUUUGAGCCCCUCGCCGUGGUCGAGCUCUUCCAGUCCCAAGGCUGUCAGGCUUGUCCUCCAGCAAUUCCUGGCAUUAUGCAAGGCACAAACCACCCAAACCUGAUUCUUCUGACUUACAAUGUCACGAUCUUUGACCACAUGGGCUGGAAGGAUACCUUCGCUAAGGCCGCAUGGGACCAGCGGCAGAGGGCCUAUGCCAUGAGGCACCAGCGCAAGACCAUUUCCACUCCUCAGCUCUUCGUCAACGGCGUAGCCCAUGGUUCAGGUGCUGGUGACAACGAAGGUGUCCAGGAGCUUGUGCAGCGAGCCAGGGCGGCCCAGAUGGACAAACCUUGGCACAUUUACCUUGAUGUCAACGACACGGAUGUCAAGAUUGACUCCGACGCUGAGAUGGUGGAUGAACAUGAUAUUAUCCUUGUUCUCUACAAAGGUGGUGAUGAGCAGGUCAAGAUUCGCAGCGGGUCAAACAAGGGUGUCAAGUUUGGCCACCGGAAUGUAGUCACUGAUCUGGUCAAGGUUGGGAAGUGGUCCGGUGGAGACACUAUGCUACCCCUGCCAGCUUCCAAGGAUUCGAUGAAACCAGGAGAGAGUGCCGUUGUUCUGGUUCAAGAGGGAGGCGCUGGUGGCCCUAUUGUAGCAGUUGCUAAGGUUUAG